CUAAUCAAAAAGAUGAAGAACCUGUACAACGAGAGAACCUGAAGCGACGUGACUAUAAAGUGGAUCUCGACAGUAAACUAGGCAAAAGUGUAGUCAUUAAUAAGAACACACCUACCUCACAAUCUGGCGGAUACUAUUGCAAUGUAUGCGAUUGUGUCGUCAAAGAUUCGAUCAAUUUUCUUGAUCAUAUUAAUGGAAAAAAGCAUCAACGCAAUCUGGGCAUGUCAAUGAAAGUGGAGCGCAGUACGGUCGAUCAAGUGAAAGAGCGUUUCCAGGCGAAUAAAAAAAAGAUGGAAGAAAAACAAAAGGAUUAUGAACUGGAACGCCGACUACGUGAAGCCAAGGAGGAAGAAGAACGUUACAAGGAACAUCGAAAAGAAAAGCGGAAAGAACGCAAGAGAAAAGCAAAUGACGAUUUAUUCACAGGUGAACUGUCCGAUGAUAUGGCUGCCAUUAUGGGAUUUUCCGGAUUUGGUGGAUCGAAAAAGAACUCUUAGAAAAAAACCACAUUGGUAAUCAUUUUAUAUUUAUAAUAAAUAGUUGUUAUUACAUCAAACAUUGUAACAUAAAUGCUAGAAAAAAUAUAAAAAUAUGAACGGGGAAAAGUCUUGGAAGCAUUCGGCUGGCAGCGCCUGACAUCGGGUUAUUCACAUGAGGUAAUGACGAUGAUACUGGACACUUGGACUGUAGAGAUUGCAGGAAAGUUUUUUUUAUCAGAAAAUAAAACUGAAUAUAUUUUAGAAAAUAUGUACAUUUACGAAUGAAGAUAUGCGUGUAUGUAUAUAAUUUAGACGGCUUACCACUAACGCUUUGUUUAUAAUUUCGGCUGCAAAACUUCGCAACAUACGCGCAGGCUUAAGACCACAGAGCAGAGCUGUUCUUAUGUAGUCACAGUUGAUUAUUUCGGUAAAUUGCCUGGAGUAUAUUAAAUAAUGAACUAAAGACAUUAAUAUAUAUGAUUCUUUUAUCUUUUGAUUUUUCAUUUAUGUAUAUAAACUCAUAUUACGUGAGGGUACAUAGUAGAACUUAAAAUUAAGUACGCUUCCAAUAAAAAAUUUAUAUCAGCCA